AGGUGGAAAAGAUAUUCGCGGACGUAUAUUUUGAGGAGAACUCGUUCUCGAGGGAAAACCUUAGCUAACAACGAGGACAAAGGGGGAGGAGAAGGAGGAGAGGAAGGUGGCAAAGGAGGCGAAGAAGAAGAAAGGGGAAAAAAAACGAGGAGAAAAAGAGGCUGAAAGUUCUAUAACGUAUAGCGAGUUCUGCCGUGGAUUUCGCAUAAUACAGCCGGCAUUUCACGAACACGCUCAGCCAAUUUGUCGCGCCGUCAACUCGUGACUACGAAUAUAUCGAGAGAGACUGGACGUCUUUCCCUCCUUCUCCGUUCCCCAGCAAAGUUCGAACCCUACGCUCUCCCUUCCCCCCCCUUAUCCCUCUUUUCCAUUCUCGACGAGGAUUUCAUCCAAGUUUCUUAUUCCGAUCUAUUAUCCGCUUCGUGGCAACGAGACGACGCCGCUUGGCAAUACGUAAAAAUCAUUACGUCUGCGCGCUUAUUUACGGAAGAGAAAAAUAAAAAAAAGGGAGAGAAAGAAAGGAAAGAAAAUUUCUAUCUACUUUUUCUUCUUCCCUCUUAUCCCGAUACGCGCGAAUAUUUAUUUCUCCUCCCCGUUUCGAAACAGCUGCGUUUUCCACCACCCUAUUCUCCGAGGCAAACGUUUCGAUGCCGAACAGUCAACGCAGAGAGCAAAGUUGUCAAGCGCGCCGGCAUCCCUUGAAUAAUUGACGUCACCCUUGAAUAAUUGAGCAAACCUUUUAGCGGAUACAGCCUUAAACCCGGCUCAGUUUCCCGUAACGAGAGACGCAGGAAGGAAGGCAAAAGGGGAAGAAAAAAAUACGGAAUAGGGAACGCGGUUUGGACCCUGCCAAAGUGCAACGGCGAUAUCGCCACGCCUAGAAAAUUAGUUACGGAUAAAUACGUUAAUCGACUCGUUCGCAUCUUAUUUCGUUCGUUUCACCGAUCGCUUUCCACGCUCGAGUACUUUUCUUUAUAUAUGGAAAAAUGCACGUGGAACGAGUCUCUUUUCCAUCGACGUGUAUUUCCACGCGUUAAAAAGAGGGAUUGGGAGAGUAAACGACGGAUAAAAUUCCUCUUCUUACGUUCACCAAUACUCGUCUCUGAUCGAUGCGCAUUCUGAUUAAAAUUACGCUAUAUCGAGGAAUAUUAAAAGAGUAUAACGCGUCGUAUCAACGCGAAUCCAUCCGUCGUUCCAUACUACGAAUCAAUUGGAAGAAAACUUUCAUCACCUCCGUUCGAGAAUCACGAUUCAAAGUCCCAAGUGACGUAGCACGCUCGCCUCUCGUUUUUUUCCGUACUUGAAAACGGCGUCCUAUCUCGAGAGAGAGAAUAUAUAAAGUUCGAAGAAAUAAAACUCGGAUUCCCUCCUCUUUGCUCGAUGAUUUUCGGAAGAGGAAUAUUCACGAUUACGCGAUCCGAGUCGAGUGACUCGGACUAAAAACACGUUCGACGAGAGCAAAAACGAGAGAGAGAAUGAAGAGGAAAGGAGAUAGAGAGAGCAUCGGAAGGAAACGAAAACGUUGGCUCGAUAAUCAUUGGCGGAACGAGGCGCGUAGACGCGAGGAGACAAGCAUUUCGGGUGUGGUAAUCUUUUCUAUGGGCGGGGAGAGAGAGAGAGAGAGAGAUUGUGCGUCGGGAAUUGACCAAGAACAAUGAGACGGGAACAAAGGUCGGGACAGACAGGAAGGGACGCGAGGAGGAGAGAUCGGUUCGGGGGCGAGACGACGGUGAAACGCGCGAGCUGGUACCCGAGAAGAAAAAGGGGCACAAAGGUUUCGCUUUUAUCGGCCACGCACUACACGUGGGCCACACGGUCCCUUCUUUAUUCCUCCCCCCGCAUUCACCACGCACGCCCUUCCUUCACGGCUAAUCUCGCGUCCAAACUCCUUCACGAUUCUCAUCCCGCCUCUCUAUUCUUUAUAUAACGUCGAGAAAAAAAAAUUUCUGCUCGAAAUUAUUUCAACGCGUGCACUCGUUCGUUCGUUCGUUUAUUCUACGCGUAGAUCUGUAUCGAGAACGACUCGACGCAUGGAAUAAGGCGCGGAGCAACGUCGCAUUUUCCACGUAUCACUCUCGUUAUCGGGUGUUCGUUAAGAGAGAGAGAGGGAGAGAGAAAGAAAACGCGAUAACCUCGCGAAACCUCGUAUUUGCGCGGACGAUAUCUCGAUCGUGUCUAUGGUUGGUAGGAGGCAGGUAUGCGGUUGGCAUUUCGCCAUCGAUUGUUUAACAAACAAGGAGCCGCCGAGUGGCAUCGCGCGCGUCCCUCCUCCUCCUCUCCUUUCGCUCUUCCUUCUUCGCUCGAGUCUAUUAAUAAAAAACGGAGCGAGCCUUCCCCAACUUUUCCUCCCUUUUCUCUUUUCGAUUAACGAGCUGUUGCGACAAACAAUUUCUUCUCGGUUUAUCGAAACGUCGGAGAAAGAGACGACCCUUUCACCUUGGACGAGAAAGGCCCUUUCGAAAACUUUCGAAAGAAAAAGAAGAAGAGGAAGAAAGAAAAAUGGCGAUAAUCGGGCCGGUUAAUAGCUGGAGCUGGUGUUAACCACGGACGGGGACAAAAGGUUGAGCCCGCACACGAGCCGGAUAGUGGUGAGCAAUUGCUCGUCCGUGAUCCUGGCCAACUCGAGCCUCGCCUCGAUGGUCGGGCUCCGCGCGAUCGACCUGAUCAACGUGGCCAACCUGACCCUGGUCAGGCAGAGUUUCGAGCUCUCCCCCCAAAGCACGCGCACGUGGAUAUCGGUGAGGAACUGCAGCAUCGACACCAUGCCAAGUUUCGUGUUCCGGGGGGACGUGGAGGCGAUCAUCCUGGAGAACGUGAGGAUCGGCCAGUUGAGCGCGUUCUCGUUCGCCAAUCUCGUGCACACGGAGAAACUUAGGCUGGAGAAUUGCCGCAUCGAGAGCAUCGAGGCGCAAGCGUUCAAGAAGUUCGACGUGGGCCACUUGCGAGUGAUCGGUACUAGGUUCGGGGAUCAGGUGCCGAGCAGGACGAUGAACGACGUCGAGGUUUACCACACGUUCAUGUUGGACGGUGUGAGGAUGGGCACGGUGAGGAGCGAGGCGUUCAUCGUGAGAAGCCCGCGGACAGUGGCGAUACAGAAUUGCGUGGUGGAGAGUUUGGAGAGCGAGGCGUUCGACGUGACCGCGAGGGGGCCGGUGAUCGUGAAGAACAACACUUUCGGCAGCCUCUCCGUAGGCGCCUUCCUCGGCGUACGGGCGGACGCCGAAGCGAGGACGCAGCCCUCUCUCCACGACCUUAUCUUUAAGAAUAACAGCGUGGUCAACUUCGAGGAGGGCUCGAUCAUGUUCGACCGAAAUAGCUUUCGCCUCGAGCUCGACAACCUGUUGGUCGGCCGAUCGUGCGACUGUCGAAUGUUACCCGUAUGGAAGAACAAUAUCCUCAACUACACCAAUCUCUACGCCAGGUUUUACAAACAAAACACCGCCUCCUCCUCCUCCUCCUCUUUUUCUUCCUCCUCCUCCCUUUUGCUACCAGUCCUCGUAUCGAGCCAAGACACCCCGAUCAACGAAACCCCGGAGACGUUCCUCUGCUACGACGGCGAGACGUCGAACGGCGUGGCGAUCAGUUUCGUCGAGUACGAGACGCGACAUUGCUCCCUCGGCGGUUCCGUGCUGGUGUUCGUCCUCGUCAUCGCGGUCCUCCUCCUCCUAUCGAUCCUGAUCGCCUGCCUGAUCGUGUGGUGCUGCAGGAGGCGACGCAGAAACAGCAGGAAAAAGUGGAUCAGCGUGCCGAUGAACGCGCCCGACGUCGUGUCGAAAAAGAACGGGGUGAUCGGCAGGGAGGCGGCCGCCUCGGCCACGCCGGUCGACAGCCGGAUAACGAUGGUCGUGCCGGACGGGAGACUGUACAGGGAGACGGAGUUUCACGUGAUCGUGGAGAAGGCCGAACCGUUGACCACGGAAUUGUAACGAGAAGCGUGGAACGGCUCGACCAGCAGGCAGGCUGCCCGCUCGCCGAUGCCUCGAGUCGGCGAGCAACGAUACGAGCGGUGCAACGCUUCGAGCCGUUUUCGCGUCUACGAGCUGUGAACGAAUCGAUGUAACAUUCGACUAAGAGCGGACUACUCUCUCUCUCGAAAGAACUCGAGAAAAUUUCUCACCCAACGAUUAUCAACUCGCGUUGACGAAGAAACGGAACGGGAGGAGAUCUCGGAGCAUCUCGAGAUCUCUCUCUCUCUCUCUUGUUUUCAAUUUAAUUCUCCUAGUACAAGGCAGUUCGUAAGCUUCCAUUUACAUAUCAAGAACGAGCAUCGAUUAUCCAUCCAAUCCCCCUUUCCUCCUCUUUUCUUUUCGUCUUCUCUCCGCGUGGUCACGUACACUUGUAUGUAAUCGAAGAGUUUCCUUUUCGUUUCUCUUCGAGCAGGUCGCGUGGAUGGAUAAUCGAUGCGCGUUGUUAGUUAAGUUUAAGUUAAGCGUUAGUUAAGUAGCUUCCAAGAGGGGAAAAAAAAAGAAGAGGAAAGAGGGCCAGUGUCGUUUCGCGAAGAUCGGAGAUCGAAGCGAUACGAGAGAGGCGACGAAAGAAGAGGCGAGUACAAAGGGGAGUGAUCGAAACUGAUAACGGACUCGGUUGACGUCGCGUUCGAGAUUUUCUUAUCGGCGAUGAUCCGUCGAACAAGCGUCGGGAAAAUGCGAUGAUCGCACGUUCGAUCGGAAACCAGCGUGCCAUUCUUCCUCAGUGUAGCCAUUCGCUUCCGUUUGGAAAAAUGGGGGCGAGCGAAAGACGAAGCGCCGAAUUACUCGUCGAAGAAAAUUGUUCGAAGCGAAAAUUGUUCACUCCCUACACCGAGAAUCCCUGUAUUAUAUAUCCCUCCUUCUGAUCGCGUUUCUAAUCGUGCUUGUAAACACAAUAAAAAAAAAAACAGACAUAUUACCUGACACCCCUUGACAAUACGAGAUAAGAGGAAUAACGAAGAAUAUAUCUGCGAAAUUAUUAUUACCGAGCGAGUGGAGAAGGAUGAUGAACGAUAACGUAGAGAAGACUUCUUGUACACGAAUCCAUACGAAAUGAAACGUAUCCACGUUACACGCAAAAUUUGUAUUCCGUUCCCGAACCCGUUCGUGAGCGUGACAACAACUCGCGACACCCUUCUCGAGUGUUCACAAAACUCUUUUCUCCUUUAAUUUAUUGUAUUAUUUCACCACGAUUAUUUCAUGUUUAUUUAUGAGCUCUGGACUAUUGCCUAUAAUAAAUUGUUGUUACUGUUAUCAUUCCGAUCGGUAUCUAAUUUUGACAAAUGCGCAAACGGGGGAUUUUCCCCUCGACGAGGGUAAUCGAUUCGCCACGGGGGAAACCUCGUUCGCGUUUACGAAUUCGGCCGGUAAUCUCGAAAACGGGGGACGGGGAGAGGCUUCUCUCUCUCUCUCUCUCUUUCUCUGUCUAUCUUUCGGGGAGUAAUACGCGCAAUAGCGUUUAGCGUAAAACCGCAACCGACUGCCGCCACUCGAGUAUCGUUCCGCGCUUUCGAGCUGCUUACGGUGAUUAAUAGACCCGAUAUAAUUCGUCCUCCUCUCCGUUUCAUCAAGGUAAGCCAUCGAGAUAUUUUACCCGUCGAACGAACCGACGACGAUCCCAGUGAAAGGGAAGCUGAAAGGAAUUCGAGAAACGAGGAAACGUUGAGCAACAACGAGUAUGACGAUAGAUUCGAAGCUGUUUCUUUUUUUAUUUUUUAAAGUACAACGAAGAGAAAUACCGACCGCCUCGUACUCUCGCGUGUCGACCUAUCUCGCGCACGUGUUACCCAUGCAUUAUUGAUACACCCGCCAUUUCCUCUCCACGCAACGAGUCCCGCGCGGCAUCGUUUCGUUUUAUCCCCCCAAGAGCGGCGAACAGCGGAGAUCGAUCCUCCCGAGUUCGUUCGAGAUUGUUCAACGAUCUUCCCUCCGAACAUUUCAUCCGAGGCACGCCCGAUUAGAGAUCGAGCGUGAAAAAAAGUGGCGGAAGUGGGAAGUGGCUGCGAUAUUUCGUCUAACGGAAUCUCGCGUGUUCGCGCGAGACGCGUCUACGAUUAUCGUGCGUCGGAAAAUUAAGCAUUUCUAAGGACGUUUUAGUUGUAAUUAUCGUCAGACUGUGAUAUAACGACAGCCGAUUGUAUAAUUUAUUUUACAUCGAAAGAGACUUCGUACCGUCGAGAUAAUAAAAAAA